AGUCGUCGAAUGAUUAGAUUCGUCCUUCUCGCUUGCUUGUUCUUUUCAUCGUCGUUUCCCGUAAAAUUGUCGCGAUCGGCAGGGGAAGAGAUGGAAAUGUCAAGAAUGCUCGCAGUGGAUUUCGAAGUUUUCGGCAUCGUGCAAGGUGUAUUCUUCAGGAAGUACACGCAGAAACGCAGUAAGGAACUGGGUCUGAAGGGAUGGUGCAUGAACAGCCCGAACGGUACCGUAAUUGGCCACAUGGAAGGGACAAAGGCGCAGAUUAACGAGAUGAAACAAUGGCUUCGCUACGUUGGAAGCCCUCAAUCCCGGAUCGACAAAACGGAAUUCCGUAACGAGAAAGAAAUCUCGAAGCCGUUGUUCAUCAAUUUUGAAGUCCGAAAGUAGAGGCGUUCUCCAAUUCUCGAGAACGAGGAAUAUACAUUAACGUUCAAAUUUUAAAAUUAUAAUAUUUAUAUAUAAGUUAUUUAUAUAUAAGUCGCGUCUGAUAAUAAAACCAUCCUAUUUAAAUAAAUGUAAAAUGUAAAUAAGUAUUAUGUA